UAUUGGUUUGUGAAGAAGAAAAAGACAAAAGAAGGAUGUGGAAAUAGGGGGCGUCAAAUCAGCAAUACUAGUCUAAGUAAACGGCAGCCAUAGGUGCGAAUCUACGUGCGCCCAGCAGCAGUUCGCAACCGGCGACACAUUGGUCCGCAUCGGCUUCAACUUUCUAAACCCCAUUUAUUUUAUUUAAUUUUAAGAAAAGAAGUCACUUUCAAAAUCAAUGCGCCACGGUCGAACAGGUUGCCCCAUUGCCGUAAGAUCAAAUUAAAGUACCUGAGAUUGCAAAUCUUGACCAUCCAUUUGCAUUAAGAACCAAAACAGGGGGGAGGGGGGGACUGGGAAGGGUUCCGACAAAGAAAAAAAAAAACUUACGUCGCUUUAUAUUGCUGUGAUCAAACAGAGGAGGGAGGCGGCGGUCUUUGCUCUCUCCCGUUCUUCUCCUCCUUCUUCGCUAUUUCCUCUCAAAUCUCUGAAUAAAAAAUCCUCUUUUUCUUUUCCAUUUUUUGAGACCCAAAUCCAAAGAUCUUUGGAGAAUUUAUAUUUUUGGUUCAUUAUUCGUCGAAAUAACUAGUUAGCGGGAUCCGUUGAGUAUGAUGGCAGCUUCGUUGCAAUUUUCUGGUGUGAAAACGCCACCGUCUCAUUCGUUUCCGAAGCAAAGUUCUUUACAGUUCCAAUCGGCAUUGCCAAGUCAGCUUCAUUUUGCUGCAUUUUGGUCUGCAAAUUCUUCUAACUUAUGUAGGACUCUAAGACAUUGUUGUAAAAGUAGAGUCUUUAAAGUUAGUUGCCAAGGAGGGGAUGUGGAUGUGAUUGAAAGGAAUGAGAUUGAGAAAGCAGGUUUCAGAGAAGCAGAGAAUCAAUUGACGUGUGUAAUGAAGUUCGGUGGAUCGUCAGUGGCUUCUGCUGAGCGAAUGAGAGAGGUUGCUGACCUUAUACUUAGUUUCCCCAAUGAAAGGCCAGUCAUUGUUCUUUCUGCUAUGGGAAAGACAACCAAUAAGCUUUUGCUGGCUGGUGAAAAGGCUGUUAGCUGUGGUGUCACUAAUGUAGAUACUAUUGAAGAGUUGAGAUUUAUAAAAGAGCUGCAUCAAAGGACGGCUGAUGAGCUUGGAGUGGACAGGUCGAUUAUUGAUGGGCACCUAGCAGAAUUGGGGCAGCUCUUAAAGGGAAUUGCUAUGAUGAAAGAGUUAACAUUACGAACGAAAGACUAUUUAGUUUCAUUUGGGGAGUGCUUGUCUACGAGGAUUUUUGCAGCAUAUUUGACUAAAAUUGGUGUUAAGGCCCGUCAAUAUGAUGCCUUUGAAAUUGGUUUCAUUACCACUGAUGACUUCACCAAUGCGGAUAUUCUGGAAGUAACUUACCCAGCUGUUGCAAAAAGAUUAACUGAUGAUUGGAUCAGUGAUCCUGCAAUCCCGAUUGUUACUGGUUUCCUUGGAAAGGGCUGGAGAUCUUGUGCGAUUACUACUUUAGGUAGGGGUGGUAGUGAUUUGACAGCCACAACCAUCGGAAAAGCAUUGGGGUUGCGAGAAAUUCAGGUAUGGAAAGAUGUUGAUGGUGUUUUGACCUGUGAUCCUAACAUAUAUCCACGUGCAGAACCUGUCCCAUAUCUGACAUUUGAAGAGGCAGCUGAACUUGCUUACUUUGGUGCUCAGGUUCUGCAUCCACAAUCCAUGAGACCAGCUAGAGAGGGUGAUAUUCCUGUUAGGGUUAAAAAUUCUUAUAAUCCUAAUGCUCCAGGAACUCUCAUCACUGGGAAUAGAGAUAUGAGUAAGGCAGUACUCACCAGCAUUGUUUUGAAAAGGAAUGUCACCAUGUUGGAUAUUGUCAGCACACGCAUGCUUGGUCAAUUUGGCUUUCUUGCGAAGGUAUUUUCGAUCUUUGAAGAGUUAGGCAUCUCAGUGGAUGUUGUAGCUACUAGUGAAGUCAGUAUUUCCUUGACUUUGGAUCCUUCAAAACUUUGGAGCAGAGAGUUAAUUCAGCAGGCAAGCGAACUUGACCAUGUUGUAGAAGAACUUGAAAAAAUUGCCGUUGUCAAUCUGCUUCAGCGCAGAUCCAUCAUUUCUCUCAUUGGGAAUGUCCAGAGAUCCUCACUUAUACUGGAGAAGGCAUUCCAUGUUCUUAGGACCAAUGGAGUUAAUGUUCAAAUGAUCUCUCAGGGUGCAUCUAAGGUUAACAUAUCAUUGAUUGUACAUGACAAUGAAGCGGAGCAGUGUGUCAGGGCUCUUCAUUCAUCAUUCUUUGAAAAUGAUCUCCCCGAAUUAGAUCAAUGUGGCUGUGCAAACGGUUCUGCCAAUUGAUCAGAAAUGUGCCAUGCAAUCCAUAUUCUUGAUCCUAAUUCAUUUGAUUUAAUGAUUUUAGACCCGUGCGGCUCUUGCUGCUACACAAAAAUGAAGCAAUUUAGGAUAUAGAUAUUUAAUUGGUAUGAUGUACGCUAUAAAUGUAGGGGCAUAUAUUGCCAGUGGUGGAUGAUUUACCAUUUGUCAUGUUGCUAGAUAUUCUUUAUGAAUUUAUUGAAAAAAAAAUUGCCGUUUAUUCCAUCUCAAUUCUCUCCAG